CCGCGCGACAGAGCAGCCUGGGUUCAGCAGCAGCAGCAGGUAGUCAGAGAUGGCUGCGCCCACGGAGCGGUGCCGCGGCGGUGGCGGAGGCGGAGGAGGGUUAGCUGGCUGUCCGCGGACGGCGAGGCCUUGGUGGCGGCUCGCGGUGCUCCUGUUCUCCGUGUCGUCCCUCCCGGCGGUCACCGCGCUGGUGGAGGGCCUCUACUGCGGCACCGAGGUCUGCUACGAUGUGCUCGGCGUCACCAGGGAGGCCGCCAAGGCUGACAUCGCCCGGGCUUACCGGCAGCUGGCCCGCCGGUACCAUCCGGACCGGUUCAGGGUGGGAGAGCCCGGCAUGGAGGGAGAGACCAUGGAGUCCGCACAGAAGAAGUUCCUGUUGGUCGCCACCGCGUACGAGACGUUAAAGGAUGAGGACACUCGGCGGGACUACGACUACAUGCUGGACCACCCUGAGGAGUACUACCAGCACUACUACGCCUACUACCGCCGACAGCUCACACCCAAAGUGGACGUCAGGGUCGUCAUCCUGGUCACCAUCUGUGCCAUCUCCAUCUUUCAGUACUACAGUUGGCACAGCAGCUACAACGAGGCCAUCAACUACCUGGUGACGGUCCCCAAGUACCGAAUCCAGGCCACGGAGAUCGCCAAGCAGCAGGGGCUCCUCAACCGCACCAAGGAGAAGGGCAAGAACCGCCGCUCCAAGGAGGAGAUCCGGGAGCAGGAGGAAGAAGUGAUCCGCGACAUCAUCAAAAACAAGAUCGACAUCAAAGGAGGCUACCAGAAGCCUAACCUGUCGGACAUCCUGCUGUGUCAGAUCGUCCUCUUCCCCUACUACCUGACCAACUACGUGACCUGGUACGUCUCCUGGAUUUACCGCUUCACCAUCUGCAGGGAGGAGUACGGAGAUGAGGAGAAGCUCUACAUCAUCAGGAGAUACAUGAAGAUGUCUCAGUCUCAGUUCGACAGUCUGGAUGAAAACACCAAACAGACAUUCAUGGAAAAACAGCUGUGGAUCAAAGAAAACUUCGAGGUGCAUAGAAAGGAGCAGGAGGAGGAGAUGAAGGUGAAGAUGGCGACUGACCCGAGGAUGAAAAGGUACCGCCGCUGGAUGAAGAACGAGGGGCCGGGCCGGCUUACGUUCAUCGACGACUGACGUCCUGGAGCUGCGCCUGUAACAUACACACCUGCCUCAGUGCCAACAUACAUGGACAACACACACACCGCGCUGUGUGGAGAAAGACCUGUACAGAAAGAUUAACUAUGCCUGUUUAUACAGUGAGAGAUAUUUUCAUAGUGAUCAGGCCUCAGGCGGGGGGCGAAUACGAGGAAAAACUGUGAGCUGCUGUGGGCUUCAGAUUUUUGAGUAGUUUUUUACAUUGUGCUAUUUUUGCCCCCAAAACCAAAAUCUAAAUUUAAUUAUUUUUUUUUCUGUAAUUUUCCCCGAGCUUUUCUUUUUGUCUCUCCUGCUGGAUGAAUGAGCUUUGGUGCCUGAAUUUUUGUGAAUGAUUUUCUGUUGGAUAACUGAGACCAGAAGGCUAACAGUUUGGCUCCUGCAAGAGCCAAUAGUUCUGUCGAAGUGUCCUUGGGCAAGGCAUCGGACCGCCACCUGCUCACUCUGUAUGAGUCUGCUAUCAGUCUGAAGUGUACGAAUAGUGAAGAGUGUUAACAUUAUUUGUUUUUCAGAUGAAUAAACCAGAGCCAGAGAGUAUUUUACAAGAACAGUUGUUAAAUCUUUUCUUCCCCAGAGUCAGAUGAGACGCAUAUCAGUAUUCAGGAGUUAUUUAGCGUAGCUUAGAACAAGACGAGUGCUGUAUCUCAAAGCAGAUACUUCGUCAGUACAUUUACAUGUAGUAUACUACGCACACUUUGUACUUACUGAGCCACUUCUUAAAGUUUGCCAGGGUAGUGUUGUCUCAGAACAAACAAGGCAACAUCGUAGAGAUGCGUGCUGCGAACCGAUUCACUUUAACAGGUCAUGUGACUGUUGGGACAGAGUCACAAGCUCUUUCUACACAGAGAUGGCGCUAUAGAGCCGCUACAAAGUCCCCUCUUUACGCCUCCUCUGCAUUUUUACACACAACCAAACGACAGCGGCAUAGUUACACUCAAUUAUGUGAUGAUACACGUCAUCACAGCUUUGCUGGAGGCGUUACAUGUAAGACAACUGUGUGGGCUUCUAGUGUGACAUAAAUCAUACGUGUCAGCAGCACUUUUUAAACAACAAUGGCAAUAACGUUUCAGUAACAUCAUCAUCAUCAGCUCGGAGGGUAAGGAGCUCCCAAAACUGUUGUUUUCACAAUUUGCAUACAUUUUCGGCCACUGUUCUUCUUAUUUGAGUUAGCCGCUAACUGCUAUCAGCUACUUUGAAAAUCUCCUGCAGUGGGUCACACGCUUAACACCUCAUCAAAAUGUCACACCCGUGCCACCCAUGAUCUGGUCGUUCAGGCCAGAACACAAAAAAACAACAAAAAAAAACACUCGUUCCCCCUUUUCCAUGAUUAUACCUUCUAUUCAGAACAGUCAGGCGGCAUGAUAUCCCUGUCCUGAACGGGCAGUAUAAAAAGGGCUACACGCCCUGUGACAGGGCUAACUGUUAGCAUCACGAAGCUACUGUUAUGCAACGGUUACUAACAGGUUCAACAACAGAGUCGACAGAAAAUGGAUGGAUGGAUGUCAUGUAAUCAGGCAUUCCCAAAAACAACCUGCAAAAUCCUGAAAGGACUGUAACGUGCCACUGUUAGCAAGUUUCCCUUAGCAUUUGCAUUAUCGUUCGCGGUACUAAACUAUUACAGAAUUAACCCAAUAAACAGACUGAUGGCUUCUCGCUGACGACAGUAUAGUGGUAGUAAAAAAUACACCUGAACAACUGUACAAAGCUUCGGUUUUCGCCCAGCAUUUGUUAAGUUUAAAAUGUGUUUGUGAUCCUCUCUUUCGGCUACGUAGGCAACACGGCAACCAUUUAGGGUGAGAAGUAUCUAACGUUCCACAGUGAACUUUUUCUGACUGUUAUAAGUGCACCAUCCUGGUAGUCAUAUCGCACUGCAUUUUGCCGUACUUCUUAAAUGCACUCUGAAGCAUCUGAUUAGAGACGCAGCACAGGAGCAGGGCGAACAACCCAGCUCUAAGAAUAUCCGAAGCUGUCUGGUUUACAUGUUCAUAUCUUGUUUGUUCAAAUGUAAAAAAGAGACCGUUGGUGAUGAGCUACGAUACGAGAAGGAAGUGGUGAAGAGAUGGAACUGAUAUCCAUCUUUUCUUCUGACUCUGGGGAAGACGACAAACAGCAGGUUCCUUUGCUGACCAGAAGAACGUGUCAAAUGUACAAAAAACACAAAGAGAAGCGCAAACUGGAGACACUGAUAAACUUUAAACACUUCUCUCUUCUGAUCUGAUCUGAGGUUGAAGCGUUUCUAUCAGGACGAAAAGCAGAAGCAAAAAGAGCCGUGCACAUUUGUCUGUCUUACUGUGUCAAUGGAAGCCAAAGCGACAGCUGCGAGUGUCUGUACGUUGUGCAACGGCAGAUGUUUCUCACGCAGGGAGUGUUACGGUGGUUCCUGCUCUGUUUCUUCAUACGUUCAGGUGACCCCUCGACUGUUUACCGCAUCUGAAUAACUUACUAAAUAUUAUUUAUUGGUUCACAUUUCACUGGUCUUUUUGUUGUCAUUCUGGUGUUGAGGCGGCAUUAAACUCAUACUGUAAUUACACAUGCAUACAGUCUAUGGUAUGGACACAGCAAAGUAGUUUUUCUAAUAAAUACAUUUUAAAAUA